UCCCCUGUUUUACUAGACCGGUACGAGCCGUAGACCGGUAACGUGGUCUUGUUUCGUUAAUCGCGCUCCUCGUUCCCUUGCGCUUUCAAUCUCAUCCACAUUCUUUCGCUGGUUUAAAACAAACCCUGGGUCCAGUGCAUCGACGUUCUUUCUCCCGUUCUCUCGCGCGAAAUACACUUUCAUUUUCAUAUUUUCAUACGAAUCUUCUCGCGCGAGUGUGACAAGAUCGUUCCGGAGGAGAAAGUAAGUUCGAACCGAACGGGGAAACAUAACUGAACAAUCGAAGGAAAAUGCAAGACUACAGUGAGGAUUCUGGAUUACUCUGUGCCUCACGCGAUAAGCUCUACAACGAUAAGAACUCCCACGAACAGAAGGUGUCAACCCUUCGCGAGCUUAUAGAUGCUCUGCACGAAGCUUUCGAGACCGACAAUGUAAACAUCGACCUGGUCCAGGACCUUAUGGCCUCCUACAGAAGCAACCCUUUGGAAUGGAAGAAAUAUGCGAAAUUUGAUAGAUACAGAUAUACAAGGAACUUAGUUGACGAAGGAAAUGGAAGGUUCAACCUCAUGGUUUUGUGUUGGGGAGAAGGUCACGGAUCAGCCAUACACGAUCACGCUAAUGCACAUUGUGUGAUGAAAAUCCUCCAGGGUGAACUUUGCGAGACGAGAUACGCGUGGCCUGUGAAACACGAAAAUAAUAAAGAAAAUGAUGAACCGGAAGAACUGAAAGAAUUAGUGAGAAACACCGUUGGUCUCAACGAAAUAUGUUACAUCAAUGAUUCUUUGGGACUUCAUCGAGUUGAAAAUCCGAGCGCUGUGAAUCCUGCAGUUUCGUUGCAUUUAUAUUCCCCGCCGUUCAAUUCGUGUUCGGUUUUCAAUAAACAAACUGGACAAAGGAGCUCCAGCAAAGUCACUUUCUGGUCCAUAUACGGAGAAAAGAGAAACCGAGAAAUUCAAGAUGCCAGGUGUCCUGAAGACAAUUAAUACGCUAAACGUGACACACUACGACAACAAUUAUAGUAGAAAUUUUUCCUAAGUUGAACGAAAUGAAUUUUAAAAUUUAGUGAAACUAGUAUAUAAGUAUAUAAAAUAUUAAGUACUUAAAUGUAUAUUUAUAAGGACUUCUAUACCCUUCUGUGUAUUUCGCUCAAUAAUUGUGACGUCCCCUGAAUUUUUACACAUAACUUGACAAUACUAUUUUAGAAUGUUGUAUAAACGAAGUAUGUAAAAAUAGAAGAUUAAUUUAAUAUUUUCUUGUUUUGUCUGGACACUGACCGAUUAUUAUAUUAUGGAGUUUACAACCAACGAAUAUUAAAUUAAAAGAUAAUGUAAAUAUACAUACAUAUAUUAUCUAUUUGUUCUAAUAAAUUAGAAGAUGUUAUCAUACUCCGUUUGAAUUCCGUUAAAAUUGAUCGUCAAGUGUUAUGGCGACUGUAGCGCGCCAUUUUCGUUCGAAUACCAAUCGGUCAUCUAUGACAAAAAGAGACGCACAUUGAACUAGAAUUGAGUCUGAAACAUUUUGCGAAGGAUUAUGAUUUAAUUGUUACAUGUGUAUUAACGAAUAUCGAUUCAAUUUUUAAUUAAAAGUAUAUACAGUAAAUAAACAGAAAAUAAACUUAACCUGUAACAAAUAUGUAGAAGAUAUUAACAUAUAAAGCAUACUUUUGUAUUUGUAGGAAAUGGGAAGAUCGAUUCUGAGUUAAGGAAAAUGUAAACAAUGUCGAGUAACGUUUAUUUACCACGUACUUUUAGCUCUGUAAACUACCUCAUUUUGAAGUGCGCGGCACAAAUGAUAAUUAUGUACGCGGGAUAACUUGUCAGGUGGUGAAUUAUAUGAUUGGUGGGAAAAAGUCGAAUUUACGCACUGAAAUAUGUAUUUCUAAUAAACUGUUAAAUAUCACAGAACAUUGUAUCUUAAAUAAUAUUGAAU